AUGGAAGAAACUCGUCCCACAAAGGAACCAAUGGAGAAUGAUUAUCGUUGUUGCUGUGGAUCGAUGUCAGCAAAAGUCGGGUUCAUCAUAUUGACAAUUUUGAGUCAAUCCGGUGUUUGGUUGACAAUAUUCCUUUUCGGAUUCUUGCUCGUAAUCUACGGCUUCACCGCUUUAUUCACUUUACCGUUUCUUGGGCCUCUCGGAAUCCUUGCCAUAAUCCCGGUUCUUCUCUGCCUUUUAAUCCCAGCUGGAUAUGUUGCUCAAUUUGUCUACUUCUGCCUAUCGAUUUGUCAACCAAAAGCCCAGUAUAUGAAGGUUUUUGGGGUAUUAUCUGUUGUUCUCAAUGGUCUCACCGUUCUUGCCAUGCUUGUUGCCGGUAUCAUCGGUUUUGUUGUUUUGAUGGAAAAACUGCACAACGAUAGCUAUACGGACGAGGAGUACCACAAACAUGUUGGUGGCCUAAUUAGCCUUUUACUUACCAUCAUUCUUACAAUUCUUUGGAUGACUUGGUGGUUACGUGUUAGCCAUCAAUAUUACACCUACUUGAAAAAUCACGAGCGCUAUCUAGCAGAAAACCCACCACCGCAGUACAACUUUGCUCCACAGAAUCCUCCUCAAAUGGGUGCUUAUCCACAACAACCAAGUGGCGUUUACCCACAACAACCCUCAGCCUUUCAAUCAGCUCAAAAUCCACAAUACGUUUACCCGACAAUUUCAGCUCAACCACCUCCAUACGGACUUAUAACAAAAGAAACA